UUUUUUAGUCAAUCUAUAGUUGCAAACAUGUUGGUUCUUCGUGGUUUUUUUUUCUUUGUACUGUGUGUUUCAUAUAGGGGAAGCGCCCAGGAACAUGUCGACUUGAAAAGUUCAAAAUGUAGUCGCAAUGGUGAUUAUAUCAUAAACACACAGGGAACCGCGGACAUAGAAAAUACUAAUGGAAGAUGUUCCUGUUAUCAGUUCUACUACGGCGACAAUUGUGAAUGUAAUGACAGAUCAUGCAGCUACUUUAACAAUGCUUUAUGUGGAGGGCCUGCUCAUGGUACGUGUGUCUGUGGUACAUGUUCGUGUAACCCUAGAUAUACAGGUGAAAACUGUGGUUGUACAACUAAUACAGAUACAUGUAUCUCUUCUGACAGGUCCAUAUGUAAUAACCAUGGAUACUGUGAAUGUGGUAGGUGUAGUUGUUAUGAAGGUAGUCGAUAUCAAGGACCUUUAUGUGAAGAUUGCAAGGAUUGCUCCAAUUGGUGUAGAAAGUUGAAAGCAUGUGUUCAAUGUAAAAUAUUUGGAACUGGUGAGUUAAGUGAGGAGGGAUGUAACAACUGUAACGACCGGUACGACAUAUAUCCUGUCGAUACAAUUCCAGAACAUUUCACUUCUCCAUGCGAAUUCAAAGACUUGGAUGAUAACUGCAUUUUCUAUUUUGGAUAUUUGCUCAAUGACCAGCAUAAGGAGAUUUCAGUUGCAGUUCAGUCGACAAAAGAAUGCCCUGCCCCAUUGACCCGUAGGAUGAAGAUUAUUUUGGGGCUAAUCACUGAGAAAUAAUUUGCGAUACUGUUAAUAUGUAUCAAUGUACAUCAAUGGUACAAAAUACAUGUGCUCUGUGAAAUAGAUCAUUAAGUCAACUUAUUUUGUUUUUUUAAAGUUAAUUGAUCAGUAUGACAGUAUUUUAGAACAAUUGAUAUCAAUCCAUACAUCCAUUAAUUCAAACAUGAUUAUAAAAAAUCUGAUUGCAAAUAUAUUAGCUGCAGCUCAUAUAAGACUUCCGUCUGUAAUGAGAAGGGUGAGUAUGCUAGAUAUUCUUACUAGAACUGUAAUGAGAUGAUUACAGCUGUUAGUUUUUUCCUUGAACAUAUCUGUCCAGAUUCCAUAUAGUUGAUAAAAUAUAAACAGCAAUUGUCGUCCUUUGCUAAUAAA